CAUCUCUGUUAAAAAAACAAAAAACAAUCCCACCGCAUUCCACUAAAUCUUCGUCUUCUUGCUCCAAUUGUUUAAUCCCACACAAGUCUUUUUCUCUCGGAUCCGCCGGUGUAUAUGUGUUCUACUUCUUUUCAUCUAAAACCCACCUUAUAUUCCGCGUUCUAAAUGCAUACGCCAUUAGAAUAACUCCACUCCAAAGUGACCCAAUUACCAUAAACAACUCCACUUCCUUUGACGACCCAAUAAUUCUCCCUACCUUUCUCCGCAAAGUGAAUCUUUGCUUCGUCAUCUACAUGAUCUCUUUCUUCUCUUUCUCACUAUAUAUAUAUACCAAACACUCAAUAGAAUGCUCAACACAGCCACACAAGUACUACUACCCUAACUCCCCGAGUCAAAUCGUCAAACACUUGUGUGCACUCUGAAAUCUCUAGCUACUUAAGCUUUCACAGCCUUUUCUCCAUCUGGGUAGUUGUGAUAUAGUGGAAGAAUAGCUUCUAUGUCCAUGGGUUUUUCAACAAUGGCAGCUCUGACUUCCUCUGCAUCAACCCCAGAAACUGAGAAUUCUGACGUAGAAAGGAGCAGAAGCAGAAGCAACAAAUCUGAGCCGUUGAUUCCUGGACUUCCAGACGAGGUGGCCGAGCUGUGUCUUGUUUACCUUCCGUAUCCGUACCAAGCUUUGGUGCGUUCGGUCUCUGCUUCGUGGAGGAGAGCCAUUUCAGACCCGGCUUUUCUUCACUGCAAGAAGUCACUUUCGCUCCCGCUGCCUUAUCUUUUCGUUUUCGCCUUCAACAAAUCGACGGCCAGGAUUCAGUGGCAAGCGCUCGACCCUCGAUCGGGCCGUUGGUUUGUCCUACCUCCGAUGCCGGGGCAUUAUUCCAAGCUCGCGAGUCCACCGGGGUUAGCGUGUGCCUCCUUGCCACGUCAGGGGAUGCUUGUCGUGUUGGGUGGAUCGGACGCGGAAUCGUCUAUGCGGUCCACUAUUGUAUACCGUACAUCUACCAAUCAGUGGUCCAGCAUGGCUCCCAUGCCGACCGCCCGAUCGUAUUUUGACGCGGGAACCAUCAAUAAUAAGAUCGUAGCAGUCGGAGGUAGUGGGACCCGUGAGAAUGACUCGAUCAGGGCCAUUGAGUGUUAUAACCCUGAAAAUGACACAUGGGCGACACUGGCCACGAUGCCAGUUGGACUUGCCAAGUAUGACUCCCACGUGGUGGGGGAUAAGAUGUACGUCACCGAGGGGUGGACGUGGCCCUUCAUGUUCUCGCCACGCGGCCUUGUCUACGACUCGAAGACGGACGCGUGGCGAGAUAUGAGUCCUGGGAUGAGGGAAGGGUGGACAGGUGUCAGCGUGGUCGUGGGCAACAAGUUAUUAGUGAUUUCGGAGUAUGGAGAUUGUCCGAUGAAGGUUUAUGACCACGAUAAGGACACAUGGCGGUACGUCGGCGGGGACAAGUUCCCGUGCGACUCACUUAGACGGCCUUUUGCUGUUAGCGCGGUGGAGGGGAGCAUAUAUGUGGUGGCAUGUGGGCUGAAUGUGGGAAUAGGAAGGCUGUCUGAAUCAGAAGCAGAAAAGGGUGAGCUACAAGUUGAGUGGCAGGUUCUGCCAGCUCCAAGUGCUUUUAGGGGUUUUUCUCCUUCUAGUUGUGAAGUGCUUUAUGCCUGAAUGUAUCGAAUAAUUGAUUCUCAGUCAAUUAUGUUCCUGUUUUUGGCUUGGUUAGGCAUUUCUAUAUUCGUCUCUACAGCUACUCCUGUUUCCACACUUGAUUGAAACAACUCACGCUCCAACCUUUAAAUCUUUAAUCACCUCUUGGUGGGUUAUCAAAUCA